AGUCCCACCCAACACACACACACACGGACAGAGAGAGGACCCAACAUGGCUGAAGCAGAAGGAAGCGAAAUAACUUCUGGUGGUAUUUUUCAGGAGAUAUUCACCUCCCCGCUAAACCUGACCCUGCUCAGCCUCUGUUUGUUCCUCUUGUACAAAAUCUUCCGCGGGGACAAACCACAGGACUUCGGCGAGGUGGAAAAACCGCUUCCUAAACUGAAAAAGAAAGAUUUCACCCUCGCAGAGUUGAAGCCCUACGAUGGAAUCCAGGAUCCGAGGAUCCUCAUGGCUGUCAACGGGAAAGUGUUCGACGUGACCAGAGGGAAGAAGUUUUACGGGCCAGACGGGCCGUAUGGAGUGUUUGCAGGCAGAGACGCGUCCAGAGGUCUGGCUACGUUCUGCCUGGAGAAGGAUGCCCUGAAAGACGAACACGACGACCUGUCGGACCUGAACGCCAUGCAGCAGGAGGGCCUCUCUGAGUGGGAGUCUCAGUUCACCAUGAAGUACGACUACAUCGGCAAGCUCCUGAAACCAGGAGAGGAGCCUGCCGAGUACACAGACGACGAGGAGGGAAAAGACAAAAAGGCCGACUAGAAAAUAAAAAGUUAACAAGACGGCGGGGGGAAAUGAUCGAUGCCUUACCGAUUCCAUUUAUUAUUCCAUUUAUCUCACGGCAUUAACCGUUAAAGAUGCUGCGUUCUGUUGUAGAGCUGUAGUGUUGUUAGAGUUUAUCAGUUAACUUCACAUGGUUUUGAAGGUUCUUGUGGAGAGUCAAGAACUUGGACCGAUUCCACUGACGGUUCUACAUUACAUACAGUACAUAGUAGGUUGAGACUAGUUGGUUGUCUGAAGGAGAAGGAGAUCCAAAGCUCUGUCGUACACUUUGUUAAUAUCGCUGCUGACGUUCUGCAGGUUGUACACAUUCCUUUCUUCCAAAGUUCGGCUCAGCUCACAUCGAAAUAAAUGAUCUCAGGAAGUAGUUUCACUCAAAAUUAAAACAUAUGGAGGGUCUGGAGCCAGAGGGCAGAUUUAAAGUAUUUUUUUUUUUUAACCUGGGUCUUUCCAAAUAAACUUCAGAAAUCAUUUCAAGCGCUCGUCUUUGAGUCCAGACCAAAAGCUAGUUUUGGUUUAGCCAGCAAGUUCCACUGAAGUUAGA